AUGGAUCAUUCAACAAUGGACCAUUCUUCUCAUGGAUCAGGUAGCAUGAGCGACAUGGGUGGAAUGAAUAUGGACAUGUCUUCUAUGACUAUGGGUACUUUCCAUUGGUCUUCUACUGGUGAUGCUUUAUGGUUUGAUGCUUGGAUGCCCAAAUCAGAACCUGCUUAUAUUGGUGCAUGUAUUGGUUUAUUUGUAUUUGCUGUGGUAUCUCGUGGAUUAUUAGCUUUGGAAGUCUAUUUCGUGUCAUGGCGCGCAAGAAGAUUUGAAUCUAUUCAUCAAGCUAAUCAUAUCUCUAUGUCACAGACACAAUUGAAAGACCAAACUUCAACUUCUUCUCAAUCAUUGACAAAUAAGGAUUACCCUACAGAACUUGGAUUACCAUUGGUUCCUCCUUUCUCAUGGAUCACUGAUCCUAUUCGUAGUUUCUUGACCACCUUCUCAUCCUUUGUAAGCUAUCUUCUCAUGUUAGUGGUGAUGACUGGAAAUGGUGGCUUCUUUAUUGUUGUCAUUGUUGGUAUCUUUGUUGGUGAAAUUGCUUUUGGUCGAUUCCGAUCCAUUGGUGGUAUGAAAGGCGGUGAACAUGAUCAUUAA